AUGGAACAAGAUCGGAAGGUUAGAGAAAUUCGAAAACACGCGCGCGCUUUGAUCUGCACCGCCUUUAUUUCGUCGUUGAGAAAUGUUGAGGUGAGUUUUUGAGGUGCUACCGUACUCUCUACAGUACUCCAGAAUUCUUUAGAUACUGUAGCUCGAAAAUGUGACAUCACAAAUAUUUGAAUUUUUAAAAUUCGCGCAAAUUCGAGCGAAGCGAGUGUAGACCGCAAGCUUCCGCGUAAGCGGCAGUAUCUUCCGCGCAGCGGUAAAGUUACCCUAACUUCUACGGAUAAUCUAGACGCGGAAGCUUCCGCGUAAGCGGCACUAUCUUCCGCGAAGCGGCAAAGUUACCCUAACUUCUAGAAAGUUUUCAGAAUCUGCACCAUCUCGAUGAAUCAGUGGAGCGAAUCCGUCAGACCGUAUGCCGCCCAAAACCUCCACCCACACAAAGAUCAAUCGAUGAACAUUGCUCAACAUCAUCUCCACCAUCUUCCACGAUUUUUAGGUGAGCUAGAGAGAGAGAGAGACGCAGACAGUUAGAAUCUGAAAAUAUUUCCAGCCAGGAGCAACCUUGGACACCGCAAAUCGACGGCCGAAAAACCAUCCAAACCAUGAUCGAUUCGGUGAGAAUUUCAGAUUUCUCGGAGAAAAAUCUGAAAAAAAAUCUGAAAAUCUGAAAAUUUUGCAGAUCUGGAACAUUCCCUACGCUCCGUGUCGAUAUGUGAUUCAGUUUAUGUGUACGGUACAAUUGGCAAGGAUGAGUCGGUGAGGUUUUUUGGCUAUUUUUGCCACGUGGCACCUUUUUGUGCUCUAGAAAUUUUCGAAUCCAUUGUUCUAACGCCACAAUUUUAUUUGAAAAAUCCGAAUUUUCUUGAUAUAAUUUUGACACGUAUAAUUUUCAGGGAAUUUUUUUUGGCUAUAAUUUUGAAUUGAAAAAAAAAUAAUAAAAAAAAAAAUUUUUUUUACAAAAAAUUUCAAUUCAGAAAAUGUCAAAAAACUAUAAUUUUUCUUAUUUUUUCCACACAAAAAGGAAAAAAAUGUCAAAAAACAGGAAAAAAAAUAAUUUUCUGUUAUUUUCUGAAAAUUUUUAAAAUUUUUUUGUUUUUUUUUCGAUUUUCUCAAAAAAAAAUUUUAAAAAUAAUUUUUUGAAGAAAAUUUCAAAAAUCAUAAUUAAUUUUUCAAAAAUUAAAAAAAAUGGGUUUUUUUUUUGCCCAAAGUCUGAAAAUGGCUGAAAAAUUCAAAUAUUUUUUAUGUAGGGAAACUUUUAAAAAAUUUUGGAAAUCUAAAAAAUUUGGAUUUUUCUCAAAAAAAAUAAUAAAAACUUUUUUUUACAAAAAAUUUCGAUUCAGAAAAUGUCAAAAACUAUAUUUUUUUCCUAUUUUUUGACAUUUUUUUUCAUUUUUUUGUGGAAAAAAAUAGGAAAAAAUAUAGUUUUUUGACGAAUUUUUUGUCAAAAAAUGUUUUUUAUUCAUGGCCUAUUUUUGCCACGUGGCUUCCCAGGUGUCUAGAAUUCCAGAUUCCCCACGAAAUUUUCAAAACUCCAUUUUCCAGUCACAAAUUCUGCGUUCGCUGGACAAACAAUCGACGAAGUGCGAUUUUCUACGUGAACAUUGACGAAAAUCAGCAAAACAUCAGCGUCUGGAUACAUUUUCCCGGCGAAAUCAAGGCGCAUCGGUGAGUUAGGCAAGCGCGCUCCAUUGAGAAAUUCAAAAAAGUCAGUCAAAUAUUCAUUGAAGCGCGCAAAAAGAGAUAAUUUAUUCAUUUUUAUUUGAAUUUCCUUGAAAACAAGGACGCGGCCGAGUUCUCCAAACUCUAUUUUUCUAGGCCACACACCUCGCAUUCACAUUUCCAAAGGUUUCUUCUACGCAACCUCUUCUAA